UCUAGGCUGGUGGGAAGAUGCACCAGGAGUUCAUGCUGCCGUAUUACACGGCGGAUUGCGACCAGGCGCGGGGGCUGAUGAACACGGCCAUGGGGCCACUGCAGCGCCAGCUCCGGGCCGGCGAGUACGAGAUCUUCCAGUACGCCCCCAUAUUCGAGAGCGACUUCAUACAGAUCAGCAAGCGCGGGGAGGUGGUGGACGUGCACAAUCGUGUCCGAGUGGUCACAGUGGGCGUGGCCUGCACCAGCCCCACCCUCCUGGUGCCCAACGUGCUGCUGCUGGCCCGGCCCGUGGUCCCCUCUGAGGACAGCCGGGGCCACAGGGGCCCCCCUCUCAAGGCACUAGAGCUCACCAGGUGA